CGAGAUUCGAGUUUAUUAUUUUCUUUUGGUAAAUAUAAAAGUGCAAAAAUAACCGGAUUCCAAAUCAUUAUAAUUAUUGUGAACGCAUCGAAAGGUUUAACCAAAUUUCAAUUGGUUUAUGAACGCGAACAAGUUAAGUAUGUGCAUAAGGUAGAAUGUGUGAAUGCGCCGAUGCAUAAUACACCAUCUCAUUUAUUCAGUAUUUCAUAUAUAUCAUUUGUUGAUGCUAUCACUUUUUGUGUAUUUUUAUGUGCUGUCGAUUUUCGACGAAACGUAGCGCAUAUCCUACACUAUCAAGAUUAAAAAGAUUGACGGAAAAACGGAACUAGUAUCAACGCACCUCGUUCACGGACGGUCGGACGUUGUCAUUUGAAAACGGAAGCCAUCUUGUGGCCGAGCCUCUCAUAUCAUACAGGGAAUAAUAGUUCAGCGACUAUUUGUUCCGUAAAAUUGUUCCGUAUAUUUUCCAUUACGUCCAGACUAUGCAUGAAUUAUUGUAUCACAUGUUUACAUAGCCAUGGCUGCGACGAGAAAGUUGCAAGGUGAAAUAGAUCGGUGCCUUAAAAAAGUAACGGAGGGUGUAGAGACAUUUGAAGAUAUUUGGCAAAAGGUUCAUAAUGCUACAAACAGCAAUCAGAAGGAGAAAUAUGAAGCAGAUCUCAAGAAAGAAAUCAAAAAACUUCAAAGGUUACGUGAUCAGAUUAAAACCUGGCUUGCAUCAGGUGAAAUUAAGGAUAAAAGUACGCUUCUUGAAUAUAGAAAGUUAAUUGAAACUCAAAUGGAAAGGUUUAAAGUUGUGGAGAGAGAGACGAAAACAAAAGCUUAUUCGAAAGAAGGAUUAGGAGCUGCUCAAAAACUUGAUCCAGCUCAAAAAGAACGAGAAGAAGUUAGCAAUUGGCUUGCAAAUUCAAUAGACGCUUUAAACCUUCAGCUGGAUACAUUUGAAUCCGAGAUAGAAUCAUUACUCGCAGGAAAGAAAAAAAGAUUAGAUAAAGAUAAGCAGGAUAGGAUGGAUGAAUUAAAAGCAAAACUUGAUAAACAUCGUUACCAUAUCCGUAAAUUGGAAACAUUGUUACGCAUGUUGGACAAUAUGUCUGUUGAAGUUAACACUAUUAAGAGGAUAAAAGAUGAUGUAGAGUAUUAUAUCGAAUCCUCGCAGGAACCUGAUUUCGAGGAAAAUGAAUAUAUCUAUGAUGAUAUUAUUGGUCUCGAUGAAGUUGAACUGUCUGGAGUUGGUAUUCCCUCAUCAGCAACUACAGAUAGUAAUAAUAGCAACGAAACUGGAGGUACACCAACCUCAACUAACUCUGGUACUUCACCCAUACCAUCACCUCCAUUGAGUUCUACCAUGCAUAACCAUUCAAGUGAUAGUUCUACGGAUAAUGACAAAAAAACGAAGCCUGUGAAACCAACAGCAGUCAGGCCAUUAUUAAAUUCACAGGCGAGCAUUCCAACCACGGGAAGCACUGCCACCAUAAAAUCGAAUUUAUUAUCAAGCAGCACUCCAAGCAAGACCAUUCCCAUGACACCUAGCCAUAGCUCGCCUAGUUCUACAAGUAAUCACAUUGCUACAACUAAUGCUGGCAAUUUUGCUACAGUAGCUGCAUCACAUACUAAUUCACAAGCCAUCCAUUCUACCUCUAGUAAGACAUCUUCUCAUAGCAGUGAAAAUGGUUUAUUGUCAUCAUCGUCUGCGUCUAGUGUUACCUCGAAUGUGCCACAAACAACCUCGCAGCAGCACAGUAAUCCAGUGCCCAUACAGACGACACACGUGUUGCAUAAUCAACAAAAUCAGAAUCACAGCAGCGAAACUGAAAUGACAACGCCGAUCCCACCAUCUUCUUCGCCACAGUCGUCAGUCAGCAGUAGAUCUUCACCUUUGCCCGCAAAUUCCUGCUCGCCAGCGCCAUCCACUGCCAAUGGUCUCAUCCCUAAGCUUCCUGAUGGCAUGUCCUCUUUGAAAUCUAUAGCCCAACAAGUAAUUGUCCGAGCAGGUUUGGACAUACCGCCGUCCGAGUCGAACAGAAACAUCUUUGACACUGCUAAGGCGAACAAUAAUAACAGCAAAGUCACCGUGGAUACACACAUUCCUCCUAUUCUUAGCGUUGCGCCUCUCGGGCCAGUACCUCUUCAGAAAGAACACCAGUUGCAGUUCCAGUUGUUGGAGGCCGCCCACUACCAUCUGCCUGUACCGUCUGAUUCUGAACGUUUACGAUAUUAUUUACCAAGAAAUAGGUGUGACACACCUUCUUAUUAUACACAGAGUCAACUUCCCCAUUCGGAUACUGUGGAGUUCUUCCAACGUCUUUCAACGGAAACGUUGUUCUUCAUAUUUUACUACAUGGAAGGUUCUAAAGGCCAGUACCUGGCUGCGAAAGCUCUAAAGAAACAAAGUUGGAGGUUUCAUACAAAAUAUAUGAUGUGGUUUCAGAGGCACGAAGAACCCAAAGUGAUCAACGAGGAAUAUGAACAGGGAACCUACAUUUAUUUCGAUUAUGAAAAAUGGGGACAGAGAAAAAAGGAAGGUUUUACAUUUGAGUACAAGUACUUAGAGGACAGAGAUCUGAAUUAACAGUCCUGUUGCUUGUGGAAUCUCUGAAUACACUAUUUCUGUACCGGUAUCGUCAAAAAUCGAAAAAACAGAUUUUAUUUUUUGCAAUUCUAUAUUUUCACAAAAUAUAAUUUUAUUUAUUGGUAAAGAGUAUCUCAGAAAAAAGUAAAUGAAACAAAAACGAAAGAAAAGCUCGUGCAUAACAGGCAAUGAAGAUACUUCAUUAUAUUUUGACAUUGUGAUAUUCCUUUUUGAAAAACAGAAAAGCAAAAUAUGAAUCACGCAAUUGAAAGAAACAAAAGCGCAACUAACGAAACAAAGGAGUAAGUUUAUCGGGGACAAUGUAACUAUAAGAUAUAAUGAAUUGAAAGCACCAGAAACACACUUUUAAUAUUUUAGUGUGUGGUGUGUGAUACAAGAGGAAGAAGUUAUACUCGCUGGCGACUGACUCGUAAUACCAGUACAAACAUGUGUGCGGCCCAUCUACCGUUUAGCGGUAAGGUGGAGGGCGCUCAUGCUAUGGUAUGUCUUAAUGUUAGAUUAUAAGUAGCCUUUUUGUAUAAAGUAUAUUGAGAUAUAAAACCCUUAAAGUGAAUUACUGUACAGAAUGUGUAGAAAUAGUGAAUAAUAAUAUUAUGGAAUAUAUUUUAUUUCUCAUUUAAAUGAAA